AUGGACGCGAUAGCCUCGAUCGUCAUGCCGGCACACUCUUGGCUGACCGGGAAGAAUCCCGCCGGCGACAUCGUCCGCCUCGAGAAGCGAGUCGAGCCGCUCACGAAGGCCCAGAAGGACGCCAAUACCAAGCAGCGCAUGAUACUGCACCUUGUCGAUGACGACUCCGCCCGCGCUCUGCACGCAGCCGCACUCGAGUACCAUGCGGCCUUGCCGCCCUACCUCGAACAACUUUGCGACGUCGACUUGGCGAAGGACGACGAGAAGGCUGAGGUCUCGGAGGCGAAGCACGACUGGGAGAGGCUGAUACAGACGGCGACUGGGCUCCGUGAUGAUUGGUUCAAGCGCGAGACGCGCAAGGGUCAGCUUCCUAGCGCUUUGCUCAUGCAGGAUCGCCUCGUCUUGCACAUCAUGGAUCUCCUGCGCAGCCAAGACGACCUGCGUUUCUUCUUUCGGAAGCACGGCGUCGACACAUGGGCUCUGCUGCUCUGGACCGCGGCGCGCGAGAUCAUCAAGAACCGCCCGUUCGCCAACUCUCCCUCCAGCCAGUUGUCUGCCGGCACGAGCUGGCACUCGAGCGUGCAGACAGCGGUCGCUGUGUUCCGCCCUUUCCUCAUCGAAUUCGAAGCUGCUGCGCCAGAAGGAACGACCCCUGUCGCAAGACUCUUCAAAGAAUUGGGCGCCAGCAAAGCCACCGCACUCUACGCGCCAUCACAAUCGGCGUUCGCUUGGGAGGGCACUCUCGAGCCGGCGAAGGAGGACAGCUUGGAAGAGCAACUUCGCGAGAUCUUCUUUUACGCCCGCGUGAUCUGGAAAUUCGUUGACUGA